UCAAUGCAGGAGAAUAACAACACUUAUUGUUCAAUUUUUCCUUGUUGGUUGUAUCUAUCAUGCUCAGUUAGGAUUACACAAAUUUUGAAAUAUAGUAUCGGGGCCUAGUAUAGAAUAUUCUGAUCUAAAUUUGGUUGGAAACGUUGAAGGUAAGAACAACACAAUGGCAAUGGAAGCUACUGAUAAACCUCCCUGUUCUGUUUUUAUACUUGGGGCAUCUGGAGAAGUUGGACAAGAACUACUCAAAGCAGUGUCAGCUGAAGAUAAGUUUUCUGAAAUUGUACUGAUCGGGAGACGAAAGAUUGAAGAAGAACCUUUUACCAAAUAUGAACAACGUAUAGUAGAUUUUGAAAAGAUUGAAGAUUAUGGUAGUGCUUUUCAAGAUUUGGAAAUUGGAUUCUGUUGUUUGGGAACAACCAAAGGAAAAGCUGGUGCUGAUGGUUUCUUCAAAGUAGACCAUGAUUAUGUAGUCAACAGUGCUAAAGUAGCCAAGCAGCAUGGAUGCAAACAUUUCAUUUUUGUUUCUAGCAGUGGUGCUAAUCAUAAGAGCAAAAUUUUGUAUCACAAAACAAAGGGUUUGGCAGAAGAAGAUUUAAAGGAGAUUGGUUUUGAUAGACUUUCAGUAUUCAGGCCUGGGUUUUUGCUUUGCAACCGCCGAGAAUCCCGUCCAUUGGAACGUGCAGCUCUCACAGUAAUGAAGCCAAUUACCAGCCUCUUUCCAACCCUGAUGUCUGUCCCAACCAGCUACUUGGCUAAAGCUAUGGUGAAAACAGUUCUUACUCCCAAUCCUGUCAAAGUGGAGAUUAUUGAAAAUAAGGCUGUGCACACGUUAGCCAAUCAUGAUGUGGAGUGAUUCACAUUACUGAACAAGUAAUACAUAGUGAUUACUUAAGAAUAAGUUCUUGAUGGUAUUGUUUGCAUUUAUUUAUAAUUAGAAACACUUUACGUUUAAAAAAUAGAGUAAAUGCAAAUAAGUCCAGGUGUUGAAAUUAAGGCAUCAUAAGUUCUGUGCUUAUUGUUUUAAAUAUUGUUGAAAGUGAGACUGGUAGAACUUGAGUUUAUCAUAAUGUGAACAUUUAGCACAUUACAGCUAAGUGACAUGUUAUAAUACACACGCACACUCCUUAAAGUUGUGUCCAGUCUGCUUUCACAUACUCAAAGUACUUAAGUAGUUUUUUGUUUUUUUUUCUGACUGGUGAAUAAUUUCAUGCAUAUUAUGGAGGAAUUUAAUUCUGAGUAAUGACAAAUUCAACCACAAUUCAGGACAAUUAAUGAAGUGUUCCAGUCAGUUUUCAGUAAAAAAAUAUAUACUGGUCAGUUCUCAAAAUUUAUUAAAGGCUGACUGGUCAGUUUUCAAGCUUUAAGGUAGAAAUAGGUGCUGAAGAAGACUGGUCAAUUAUAAGGCUUUUAGUAAAGAUGGAUGCUAAAUUAGACUCAUUAGUUUUCAAGUUUGUAGUGAAGAUAAAUGUUAUGUUUGUAAAACUAUAGGGCCAUGGUGUCUGCUUCAGACACCACAUAUAAACAGUAAAGAUGUGACAUCAUUAUCUACCAAUCUCCUGCCUAAGAUAUGAUAACAUCUAAUCAACAUUUUUCAUUUCAGGGAGGGAAACCUUAUUAAAUAUUCCCAUAGGAUAUUAAUAUAAAUGAUUGGAGCUACUUUUUCAAGAAAUUUAAUUUUGGCUUACUUUUGCCAAAUCCUGGGAUUUUUAAUGCUUUUCCAACACUCACUUUUUCUAUGAAAUUUAUUGAAGUCCAUUCAUUACUUUGUAAAAAAGUGAAAUAAUUCCAUAUGGAUGUAAUAUUUCACAUGUAACAGUACCCAGCGAGAAUAUAGGUUUGAAUCGUGUUAACUUUAUUCCAUUUGCCAACACAGUGACACAUUUUCACCAGCAUCAACAUAAAAGUAUUUAAGAGGAAAAUUCAUUGAACAAGCUGAUUUUUUUUGAAAAGCUUUUUAUUGUGACUCAAGAUUUGAUUAUUGUACUCGUAAUGUUUGCCAGUUUCAAACAUUCCAGUAACUUAAAUAAUAGACAUUGCUCAUCAGUAGGAUAAGCAACUUAGUAAGAUUUCAUCAGUCCAGGUUAUUAUGUUGUAGUUGUUCUAGAUGUCUCUGUGAUAUUUGGACUUCUAGAGUUGUAUGAAAAAUAAAUGUAUGAUAAACCUGUUAGAAGAUAGAGUAUAACGCUUGUAAGUUUUUAGAAUUUGAGUCAGUUAUAUGAUUAGGAGAUGAAAAAAAAGUUAAAAUAAUGUCAGGUUGGAAAAGUAGAUCUAAUCUCCUUUUAAAGUUUCUGAGAUCAAAGGGGUUGUAUUUCAAAUUUGCAUUUCUUAACGAAGACAGUUUUUAUAGUACAAAUGAGAAUAUUGAGACCACACAUUAUAUACAAAGGCUUCAGUAACAUUUUAAGUUUGAAUAUUGUUUUAAUAUUAAAUAAUAUGUGGUUGCAAAUAUAAAACUACAAUUCUCAUUAUAUCAUAUCUUUGUUUUCAUAACAUCACAAUUCUUAAAAUGUAAAAAGAAAAGCAGAAUAUAAGCAUCUGUUGUAUAGUGUAACAGUGUUUGGAUGGUGUUAUCUGCUUUCAAAACUAUAAAACAUAAGAGAGGUUGUAAUGUUAUAGCCGUAAGUGGUGUUUCUAUUCUUGGUAACUUUUGCCCAUAAAUAAAAAUUUUGGUCAUGCAAUAACUAUUUAAUGGAUUAUAUCCAUCUGUUUCUUUGCAUUUUGUCCAUUUUAAAAAUAUUCUUUAUUAAAAUUGUCAUGCUAUUUCAAAGUUGGCACACCUUGAAGUUGAAUUUGUCAAUUGUUCAACUUAGACUGAAUUUUAUUAGCAAUGUAGUUAAAUAGAUGUGGUAGUUUUAUGUGGAUGAUCUGUAGGCAUUCUUUGAUUUUCAACAUUUCAGCAACACCAGACUAUUCAGUACUGAUGAAAUCAUUGGUAUAUAGGUGAUGGUUAUAUUAAUAAUUCAUAUAUGCCAGCAUAGUUGAUUAUUGAAUUUGAUUUCUUAUGGGUGUUGUUUUUUGGGUCCCCAUCUUACCUUGUUGGAUAACUAUAUGAUGUUUUUUCCUCAGAUUUUAUUAAAUAGAUGUGAAAAAAACCUGCCAACAGAUGGUAGCUGAUCAGCUGAAAUGUUCAAAAGCAUUAAACAAUUAUUAAUAAGCAUAAACGUAGUUUAUUUUAACAAUACCUAAUAUUAACUUCUGGUAAAAGUAAGCUACCUAUACAAAUCAGCCCUAAAAAUCAACUCAGUAGUAAUUACACUUGAUAUAAUGUUUUUACUUAUAAUAAUAAGAAGAAUGCAUUUUUUAUCAGUUGAAUAAAAAUUAGCUGUUAAAAUAUUUUUGUCCGUAAUCCCAAUAAAAAGUCUACUAGGGUUUGUCAUCUUAGGAGAUUUAAGUUACUACAAAAUCUGUAAGCUAAGCCUCCAAUGCAAAAUGAUAAUUAUAAUAGACAUUAGUAAAAAAUAAUAAAAAUACAUUAUACAUUUUUAAUCAAUAUUGGUAAUAAAAUUAACAUUAAAGAAAGACUAGAGUACAGCUUACUUCAAAAACACACAAAUGCUAGUGGUUAACUUCAUGCACUAUUCACAUUCCAUUUUCCUUGAAUAACAUGACAUCACUUUACUGUAAAUUUAAUGUAAUUCUCCCUAACAGCAUCUAAUGAUCACUGAAAGUCAGUUAAAAUAACUCUAAUAGUAUAUCUUCAGUUUAGCUUACAAUUUGAGGUAACUGGUUACAAUACAUUGUUUGACAUAGUCAUGUAGCAAGACAGUACAAAUAGUACAGCAAAAAACUAAUGUCUAAAGAGAAAAUAUAAUAAAAAACAAGUUGAAUUAAUAAUAGAAUUGUACAAUGAAUAGUAAUAAUAUUUAAACUGACCCCUGUCACUGUGUAACACAAAUAGAGAGGGCACUGGAAGUUACGGUCUCUCGAAGAGUGAAGUACAAUACUAUGUUGUUUUAAUUUUAUCUUGUCCAAAUUGUAACUAAUUUACUAAACUUAUAUUUUCUCUCUUGACCAAGACUAUAAUCUAUAGCUUACUUGUUAUCUCAUCUAAAUAUUGCUUCAUUUGUCAUCAUACUUAUUAGUUUUGUGUAACAAAAACUUUGUUUCCUUUUAAUUAUUUUCUAUAUAAUUUCUAAUUUCUGCCUGAUUACACUUGUUAUAUUUUGCUAUCAAGGAGGUGUGAACAUUAUUCUGUUAAUUGUAAUGUUUACAAUAAUUGUUUGAAAUUAGAUACUGUAUCAGACUUGUGUUAGUUACUUAGAAUAAUAGGACUUUCAUAAGAAUGAAUGAAACUUGAACAUUUGCACACACAUUGUUAGUGUACAUAUGCAGUGUUUUAUUAAUAUUCCUAAUAUAAUCAAAAGCAUUUGUGCACAAAUAGUUAACAUUCAAUGUAGAAUGAGAGAAAAGCCCAUUGUAAUCUGAAAUAGAUGUUGUUUUUAUGCACAUUAAAAAUUUAUAAUGCCCAACUAUCACUAAGUUAAUACAAGGCCUAUCGGAGUACUAAUUAGAAAUGAUUGUGUAUUGAUAACUAUGUUGAUUACAUUGCUCAUUGAAAUGUUAAAUGAAAAUUUUUGAGUACAGUGAUAAUUCAUGGUGGAAAUUUCCAUUCACUGUAAUGGUUACAAAGCCCAUCACAAUUUUAAUCAAAGUGUGCUACGCUAUCUUUGAAUGAAAAUUAGCUUACCUGUUGAUGAACUGUAAUCUUGAACCUUUCUUCUCCAUUUCUAAUACCUCAUUUUGGGACUUGUAACUAUGCUCUCUCAACUUAUCCGUGAACUUAAGAGGCUUUUCUCCACCAAUAAUAAUAGUUCAUUGUAUGAAACACUCAGUGGAACACUUAGUCAACUGGUUUGCUACAAACACCACAUUUCAUGACAACUUAGAAUAUCUUGUUAUCUUUCCACCUUUAUUGUCAGCUUCCCUCCGUUGGUUGUUGGGCCAGUUAAAUGUAACUCUGUAACUUCCCCUUUGUACUUCUCUGAUGAACUUCCUUUCCCUGAUAGCUAUAGAAUUUGUCUUGGAAUUGUUUUGAGUCUCAGGUAUUUUAUUUUUGCUUAUUAUCUGUCUUGCUGUUUGCCAGUUUUGAUAAGCUGUUCUAUCUCUGCUUUAUCACUGAUUGAUCUUUGUUUGCUUGGAAAAGUUCCACCCUUAGUUUUCUAUUUAUUGCCACAGUGAUAUUCUAUUGAGGAGACUAUUUUGAAAUUGUCAGUUUUCUCUUGUCUUUCUUAAACUCUUUGUGUUUGUCAUAUUCACAGAAUUCAGAAACUGGUUGCACAUUAUAUAACUUACUUAAAUAGGGCUCUUCCCAUAGAAAACUACAAGCUUUAGUCUUCUAAGGUUUGUUUUGUUCCUUAGGACCAGCUAGUUUGAUCCCAAAAUUUUACAACCCAUUUUGUUACAAUAUCAACAUUUUAAAUUACAUUUGAAACUAUAUAUUUCAGUAGCUAUAUUUGAAAACACUUUUUCUUUUCCAACUGUCUUGCUGACUGGCUAUUGGGAACCACUGCUGUAGAUUACAGGCUAGUCCAAGGUUUAAAAUCCUUUCACUAAGUAUCCUUUAUCUUCUUGUUAGGUUACUCACUUCCAUACUUCUCUAAUUCUCCAAUACAGGAAGUAGAACAUGCAUCCUUCCAUAGAUACAGUAACAUCUUUGAAAUCUUAAUUUUCUACAUUGAAAUGAAAUUCAAAUUGAGUAUGAUUUGUUGAAGUAAAGAUGUGUGUUAUCUUAUUAUGGAACAUGUCAUUUUACAGUUACUUUCAUUACACUUAUGUUGUUAUUAAGAAGAAUCAUCUACUUAACCUUCUAGGUGGAUAGACAUACAUAUUAAUUAUGAAAUUCUUCACAUUUUUCAAAAAGAAACAUAAAUUCUGUGUGACUUGCAAUCAGUUGAAUCAGUGUUCUCCAGGUAAAAUGAUAGAAUAGUUCUUCUGAAUUGAUAUAAAAUACAGCUGAAUUUUUUAUGCACACUAUUAUUACAUAAUUUUAUAACUUGAGAUUUUUACUAUAACUUACCUUUUACAUACAGUAAUUUCAUAAUGGUUCUACAGUUCCAUGGUGGGAGUGUCAGUUUUAGUUACACAUUUUCUUUGUGUUGAUACAGGAUAAAAAAAGGUUUUUAAGUGAUAUCUGUGUUUGUUAAGUGUUGUUACAGCUGAACUACGUAUGUUAAGCUGAGAGGUAAUCACCAAUAUGACAUAAUGGUGCUGAAUGUUUUUUUAUGAUUUCUCUUAGUAUGUAUACAUAUUGCUUUAUUUUGUAAUAUGUAUACAACUCAUCUAACUGUUUUAUACGUACAGUUGAAUUAUUGUAACAGACUGUGUUGUAAAGUGUUUUUAAAUAUAUAAAUACCAUAGUGAUGCAUAUCAAAAUCUAAAACCUAAGAAAGUACAGGAGAGUUUAAUUAAUUCAUUGUUAGCCAGAUCUGUUGUUUUAGUGAUUGUGUAGUUUCACAGUGCUAAGACCCAAGAACUCAACAUGGUAUUUACAAUGCUAAUCACUUCUAAAGUACUUGUAAGUAUUAAUUUAAGCCUGAGAAGUCUAGUAUAGAACUUUCAUUGAAAGUUAUUAGUGUCAUUUUAUUUAUAUGAUAUUUUGUUGUUGUUAAGUUAAAUUAGUAAUUGCUCUUAUUAAUUUCCUUUUUCAAUCACUGAAAAAAUUUAAUUAACUUAAUGAAUUUUGUUGGAUAUAUAUAUAUAUAUAUACACACACACACAAUGCCAAUUAGUCUUAUAUUUUAAUAAUGUUUUUUCUAAAUGUUUAUAAUCUUGAAAAAAUUUGUUUAUACUUUUGUGCAAUAAUGAUAGUGUAUGACACAUAUAAAGCAUGAAACCAUUAAGCUAAGCCUGUAAAGAAACAUUAUGGUUCCUUAUGAUAGAAAUACAAAUCCUGCCACCAAAACAAAAUCAGUGCAGAUUUGGUUUCUUCAGAUGUGUUGCUAUAGUUGCAAAUCAUAAUUCACACAACUUGAAGGACUAAGAAAAGGCAUAUCAUUGUUUCAGUUGACAAUCUAAUCACUGUAUCAAGGCUUAAUCAUGGCAGUUGGCCAGUCCUAAAUUUCUUGAAGUUACAAAUAAUUGAAUUAAAUAUAACAGAUAAAAUAAGGAGAUUUUGUUGAAAUUUGAAUACAUAUUUAUUUAUUAAGCAUGCAAAAGAGCCAUUUCAUUUAAUGCUGUUUUUAUUGGUAAUGUUGUUUAAAAUGUGCUGUAUGCCCUAAUGUUGAUACACCUUACCUGAGAUCAUUGUGUGUUUUAUUUGCUCUUUUUUUUCUUUUUUUUUACAUAAUACAUUGAAACAUAAGAUAUGGCAUGACCUGGUUGUUAAAAUAUUUGAAUCACAAUUCACAGACACUCACCAACCAUGCUCCCUCUUUAAGCCAUGGGGGUGUUAUUAUGUGACAGUCAAUCCCACUAUUUGUUGGAAAGAAUAGCUCAGGACUUCAUGGUGGUGUUGACUAGUUGCAUUCCUUAUAGUAUAUUACUUCAAAAUUAGGGAUGGCUAGCACAAGUAGCUUUGCACAAAAUCCAACAGACAAACAAACACUGAAACAUGAAAAUACCUGUAAUGCCAUUAAUGAAAAGUGCUCAGUUUAAAACAGUUAUUUAAAGGUGUGUUUUUUUGUAGGUAUCAUCACUGUAUCACCAGUGAAGUGUUAUCUCUAAACAGUUUUUAUAGUUAUAGCAAGCAAUAAACUUUUCUUGUUGCUUAUGAAUUACAUUUUUGAAUAGUUAAUAUAUUUACAUGAAUGUUUAGAAUUGUUAAGUUGGUAUUUCCUAAAUAUAAUAUAGAAUUAGGCACAUAUCUCACUUUACAAAAUAUAGAAUUUUAGACUGAUAUACUUCUUGUAGUUUUGUGAAAAUAAAUUUGAUUGACUAGUUGA